AUGUCUCCCGCCAAUGGGCACGUGAUCUCCGGCUUUCCCACCACCACAAGUUCCGUCCGCCACUACCAAGGCGACCAGAAUACUCUCUGGUUGAGUUUUUUCAUUUUCGCCAUUCUGUAUGACUGCUGUACUGGUUCCCGGGUCUGUUUCUUUUCUUCUUCUUCUUCUUCUUCUUCUUCUUCUUCUUCUUCUUCUUCUUCUUCUUCUUCUUCUUCUUCUUCCGCUGACUUGAUUUCCGAGCACCAUUCAAUGAGUUUCAAAGCCUUCCUCCGGCAAGACAUCGAGUGCUUUGAUACCGACAAGAACAAUACUGGCGCUCUGACGUCAAGCUUGGGCAAAAACCCCCAGAAGAUCAAUGGUCUCGCUGGCAUAACUCUGGGAACAUGCUCCUUCACAACUAUACUUGGUGGUUUGAUCAUCGUCCUUGUAUAUGCUUGGAAGCCGGCUCUUGUCGGUAUGACAUGCAUCCCCGUUCUGGUGUCCGCUGGCUUCAAACGUUUGGUCAAAAUAACAAGUCAACACAUGAAAGCUCUGCUCAGAUUGCCUGCGAAUAUCUUGCUCAGUGCCUCCAAAUCAGAAUCUGAGCAAUCGCUUCCAGAUGGAUUUAAUACUGAAGUCGGUGGCAAGGGAUCCCAGCUUUCGGGGGGUCAAACAUUAAGCGAACAGUGGUGCCCAUGGAGCCAUGAAUCUACACCUCGCAAAUUAUGGCAAGAACCUGGAGGCCUUAUACAUAUGAUGGCUGAAGAAUCGACUCCUGUCUCUCGAAGGCAUCUACUCCAGCGUGUGGAAACUACGGCAGAUAGGUUGCUAAUGGUGAGGGUUUACUUUCUACUGGACGGGCUCACCUACUAUUCUCAACCGCUUUCCAUAUUACAGCCUAGAGCUCUGGUGUGCCAAAUGGCUGGCUUUGUUGAGGUGACUGGUGAUGUGGACAAAGAAGUCCAUAACCAUCAGGGGACAGAGGCGGUGAAACAUGGUAAGGCAUUCAGGCGAUAUGAUUUCUAUGUUGUCUAA